AUGCCGUCAUACCCGAGGUCUGCUGGCUGGCCGAAAACCGGUUCUGGAACGGGUGGAACCGGAGCCGGCGGCUCGCAACAACAGCACAGUACGGCCAAAUAUGGGAACUUACGACUCUCCUCGUCGUCCAUCACGUUGGAGAGGACCAUCAACCUAUACCCAUUAACAAACUAUACAUUUGGUACGAAGGAGCCACUUUAUGAAAAGGACAGUUCUGUUCCAGCAAGGUUCCAGAGGAUGAGAGAAGAAUUUGAAAAGAUCGGAAUGCGAAGAUCUGUGGAAGGUGUUUUGAUUGUCCAUGAACAUGGCUUGCCGCAUGUCCUUCUUUUGCAGUUAGGGACAACAUUUUUCAAAUUGCCAGGUGGAGAGCUUAACCCAAAUGAGGACCAAGUGGAUGGACUGAAGAGGCUGUUGACUGAAUGGCUUCCAAUGAAGGGAUCUACGAUACAGUCUUACAGUGAAACUGCGGAGGAGACCAGGGAAAUCACGGCUAAAAAAAAAACACUUGGGCGCCAAGAUGGAGCUCCCAUGGACUGGGUCAUAGAGGAUACAAUUGGGAAUUGGUGGAGACCAAAUUUUGAACCUCCUCAGUAUCCUUAUGUUCCAGCCCACAUUACGAAACCCAAGGAACACAAGAGGCUCUUUUUAGUCCAGCUUCCUGAGAAAGCGUUAUUUGCUGUACCCAGGAAUUACAAACUUGUGGCUGCUCCACUGUUUGAAUUGUAUGAUAAUGCUGCUGGCUAUGGACCCAUCAUUUCAAGUUUACCACAGGCACUCAGCAGAUUCAAUUUCAUCUACAACUGA